AUGGGGGUGAAGGUUUCUGCACUGAAACUCUACAACUCCUUGGCAACAAGGGCUGUCCUGGGACCAGUAGGACAGGUCUGCAAGAAAUCGUUAAGAGUACAUCCACUCCUGCUGCUGACAGAUGGUAGAGCAGAGAACAGCGACUAUGAAGAUCACAUUCGUAAACUCUCGGCUGUCAUCCCUGAUUUAUCUUCGCAGCAGAUUCCUGUUGGGGUCGCAGGGCUGGGAGCUGGGGCGAUGUGGCACGUCCCCCGCUCGCUGCGCUCCGCCGCCCCUGCCAGCCACAGCGCUCGUAGCUGGGCCCCCGGCGGCGGCGCGGACGGCGCGAAGGGGGCGGGCGGCGGCCGCAAGCUGCCGACGUGCGCCGAGCACGACCUGGAGAACUACAGCAUGUACUGCGUGAGCUGCCGCAGCCCCGUCUGCUACCAGUGCUUGGAGGAGGGCAGGCACAGCAAGCACGACGUGAAGGCCCUGGGAGCCAUGUGGAAGCAGCACAAGGCACAGCUGUCUCAGGCUUUAAAUGGUGUUUCAGAUAAAGCAAAGGAAGCUAAAGAAUUUUUGGUUCAGCUGAAAAAUUUAUUGCAGCAGAUCCAGGAGAACGGGCUGGAUUAUGAAGCCUGCCUUGUGGCUCAGUGUGAUGCCUUGGUUGAUGCUCUAACGCGGCAAAAGGCAAAACUGCUCACGAAGGUCACCAAGGAACGGGAGCACAAGCUGAAGGUUGUUUGGGACCAGAUAAAUCACUGUACACUGAAGCUACGCCAGUCAACAGGGCUUAUGGAAUACUGCCUAGAAGUUAUCAAAGAAAAUGAUCCCUCUGGGUUUUUGCAGAUUUCGGAUGCUUUAAUCAAGCGUGUUCAGGUAUCUCAGGAACAGUGGGUCAAAGGAGCCUUGGAGCCCAAAGUAUCUGCUGAGUUUGACUUGACUCUGGAUAGUGAACCUUUACUGCAGUCAAUUCACCAGCUGGAUUUUAUUCAGAUGAAAUUGCCACCUGUCCCGUUACUGCAGCUGGAGAAGUGUUGCACCAGGAACAACAGUGUGACAUUGGCCUGGAGGAUGCCACCUUUGAGCCACAACCCAGUGGAGGGUUAUAUCUUGGAACUUGAUGAUGGAGAUGGUGGCCAAUUCCGAGAGGUAUAUGUUGGCAAGGAGACUCUCUGCACCAUCGAUGGCCUUCAUUUCAACAGCACUUACAAUGCCAGAGUCAAAGCUUUCAACUCCUCGGGCGUUGGUCCUUACAGCAAGACAGUGAUUUUGCAGACGUCGGAUGUGGCGUGGUUCACCUUUGACCCCUCCUCAGCUCACAGAGACAUAGUGCUGUCCAAUGACAACCAGACUGCCACCUGCAACAGCUACGACGACCGGGUGGUUCUGGGCACCGCAGCCUUCUCCAAGGGCGUGCAUUACUGGGAGCUGCACGUGGAUCGCUACGACAACCACCCGGACCCGGCCUUCGGCAUUGCCAGGAUCAACGUGGUCAAGGACAUGAUGCUGGGCAAGGACGACAAGGCCUGGGCCAUGUACGUGGACAACAACCGCAGCUGGUUCAUGCACUGCAACUCCCACACCAACCGGACUGAAGGAGGAGUUUCCAAAGGUGCCACCGUGGGUGUUCUCCUGGAUCUGAACAAGCACAACCUGACCUUUUACAUCAACGGGCAGCAGCAGGGGCCUCCAGCCUUUGAGAACAUCGAGGGUGUCUUCAUGCCUGCCUUGAGCCUCAAUCGAAACGUCCAGGUGACCCUGCACACAGGACUGGAGGUGCCACAAUCUGUAAAACAACCCAAGUUGCCCAACAACUAGUGAAGCCCCCGUCUGACACUGUGCUGGAUUCUGUAAGCUUUCUCAGUGUGUUUUGGCACUUUUCAGUGAGUCAGUAAAAAAGCAUCCUCUUCCCUGACUUAAAACACUGUGCAGCAUGCUGCUCACCGGCUGGUUAGAGCUAGGCCACUCCAUUUUCAAUUUAACAGCCACAGCAAGCACAUCCACUGGACUGGCACUCGACUGCAGAUGGGUACCUGAACAUAUCUACUCUGCAUUGCAUCCAUACGUACACUCGUGUGCACACACACACACCAACACAUCUGUAAAGCAAAAGGUUAAAUGAGUGUAUUUUCUCUCUCAUGGCUGGAUUUGUGCUUAAGUAUUGGGGAUGCUGGAAAAAAUGGGUGAGGCUGAAGGACAAUGGAUGUUGGAGCAGUUUACCAGUAAGAUGAACUGGAUUCCCUUGCCACCUGAAGUCCUUAAAUAAAGAAAGCAUAUGUUGUGACAGCUGAAGUGAAGGUUAUAUGCUCAAGAAUUUGUGGUUGUCAAUUACAUUCAGGGGCUCAAAUGGCCAUGAAUUAUUCCUUCUGGCUCUAGACUGCAGUAAGCUAUAGGAUAAUGUCCCCUUAGAAUUCAGUGGCAGAACUUAUUAUCUGCAAUGGGAACAAGAUUGGUUCCCAAACUCUGCCAUGAAAUAGCUGGGCUCAUUGUAGCUAACACCAUGAUGCAUCCAGAAUUCAGGUACAGAAAGUCAAAAGAAAAACAUCCUUGAUGCAUUUUAGUGUUUGUUAUUUAGGCAUGACUGUGGAGACACAAAAGAUCUGAUUGUGGUUAUCAGCACAACUCUUGAAAAAAAGUGCAUGGGAGAUUCCUUUGAAGUAAAAUGGUAAGAGAUUGAUUUAAAUAUGGCACAUGCAAAGUCUCCCACAUUGAGAAAUGCUGCUUUCCAGCCUUGAUCCUGAUAAAACCUGUGCAGCUGUAGUUCCAAUGUAGCUUUGA